GGAAAUCGCGGGCUUUAAGCAAUGUGCGAGACACCAGAGCAACACGUUGAGUCUGUGUUCCUCCAGUUCACUACUGUGACAUUUCAUCGGUGAGGGAGAGAGGCUGCUGAGAUGCCCCGGUCCUCACGAAGGACGCUUUGAAACUUCCUGAUCAUCCUGCAGAAUGCCAGCAGCAAGGAGAGAUCCUCGGUACAGCGUGCAGGAUAUCAUUGCAAUCGUCCAAGAUGGAGAGAGUGACGUGGACGUACCCUUUGAUGACACUGAUGCGAGUGACGAGGAGUCAGACAAUGAUCCCCGUGUGGACAAAGGAAACCAAGAGCCCUCUGACUCCCCAGCCAAUGUGGACAUUGAGCCCCGAGAAAAUGAAAGCACCAUGCCCCGUGACAGAUAUCCCAGGCAAAAUAACGAUUUUAUCACUCCCAAUACUGAUUUUUCUGGUCCACCUGGCACAGACGACGUAACCUUCCUCCUCACACCGCUGCAAUACUUCCAAAAGUUUGUGUCAGAGAACAUGAUUCAAGCUCUGGCAACAAGUACAAAUGAGUACAGCGUUCAAAAGGAUGGAAGGUCUGUUAACACUGAUUCGAAGGAAAUACAGAAAAUGUUGGGCAUGUACCUGAGGAUGGGCUUGGUACAAAUGGCUGCAAGCCGUAUGUACUGGGAGACAGAUACACGGCACCCCCCUGUUGCCGAUGUGAUGCCACGCAGCAGAUUCCAAUCUCUGUUGGCAAAAUUACAUUUUGUGAACAAUUUGACGGCGUCAGAGAUCGAAAAGAGGGACAAACUGUGGAAACUCAGACCAUGGCUUGAAUCAUUCAGGGAGAAAUGCCUGCAGGUGGUACCGGAAGAGCACAGUUCUGUGGCUGAAAUGGCGAUUCCUGUCAAGGGGGAGUUCAUCAGCAUCAAGCAGCAUAUGCGAGGCAAGCCACACCCGUGGGGGUUCAAAGUAUGGGUGAGAGCUGGAAUCUCUGGCAUGAUGCUUGACUUUGACGUUUACCGGGGCAGCAAGAAUGCAAUCCGCGUCAAAUCUGAACUUGGAUUGUCAGGCGAUGCUGUGGCUACCUGCAACAGAUACGUGAGAGGUGUGGAUUUGUUGGCCUCGUUUGCAGCAAAAUACAAGUUCGCCCUGAAAUCCCGGCGUUGGUACAUGUACAUCUUCUGGCACACCAUCACCCUCGCCGUGGUCAACGCCUGGCUCCUCUACAAACGGCACUGUCAGGCUCUCGCGAUGCCAAAGAAGGAGACGCUAAACAUGAGAAAGUUCCAAGCACAGCUAGCAUCCUCUCUCAUCCUGAUGGACUCAACGCUAACAACUCCGAGGAGAGGACGUCCAUCAUCAGGCACCGGGAGCCCAGACGCAGCAGAGAGUCCUUUGACUGCUGGGAAGAGACCAUCCUCAGAUGAUGGGAGUCCAAAUAGUCCCUCCAAGAAAUCAUGUGCACACCCUCCACUCGAUGUGCGCAUGGACCUCACUGGACAUUUCCCCAUGAAGGUCAAGAGAGGACGCUGCAGACAUUGCAGUAAAGGGUAUACGAAUACCCAGUGCAGCAAGUGCGAUGUUCGCCUCUGUUUUUCAGAGGACAGGAACUGUUUUUGGGACUAUCAUUGUGAAUAAAAAGUUCUCUUUGCUGGA